UCCCCCAGUCCUAACCUCUCACAAUAAAAACUCUAAAAAUAAAAUAUUCUUAUCUACUCACGUCAUAUUCUCAGUCUCUCACCAAACCUCACUACCCCAACCGUUUCCUAAGGUCUGCGCAUCCUCUCCAGUAUCGCCGGCACGACGUCGUUUUAGUGUUUUCAACUUUUGCAGAAGUAUAAAUCUGAGUGUUGAUCUAUGGCUUCCUUCCGAGCAUUCUUGAACAGUCCGGUUGGUCCUAAAACAACUCACUUUUGGGGACCUGUUGCAAACUGGGGAUUUGUUCUUGCAGGAUUGGUGGACAUGAACAAACCUCCAGAAAUGAUUUCUGGCAACAUGACUUCAGCAAUGUGUGUCUAUUCAGCAUUGUUCAUGAGGUUUGCAUGGAUGGUACAGCCACGCAAUUAUCUACUUUUGGCAUGCCAUGCUUCAAAUGAAACUGUGCAACUCUAUCAACUCUCCCGUUGGGCAAGGGCUCAUGGAUACUUAUCAUCGGAGAAGAAGGAGGAAGCAUCAACUCAGUAAUUUGAUAAAAGCUUCCUUAUAUUUUUAUGUGUUUUUUGUUGUGAUUUAGGCAGAAGUUACUGCCACGGUUUUAUAUUUGACAAAAUCAAACAAACGGUAUUUAGUUCUUCUGCUAGUUGAUGCCUGACUCAGCAGAUUUCUUUCCCACAUCAGGACUACACGCUUUGCGAUCAGAAUGUUUUUAUCAGACAUCAAAAGUUGUAAAUUCUUAAUUGAUGUGGUAUUUGAUGGCUUUAAGAAGAAAUUUGAUGGUAAAAAUAAGGAGACCAAUACGGUAUCGUAAUGACAUGGUCUUUGUUCUGUUUAUCAUGAUAAAAUUGCAAUGAUUAUAAGUAUUUUCUA